AUGGUUGAUUCACAAUUAGCUCAAUUGGCUGAGAGAGUUCCUUUCAACCCAUCUUCUACCCUACCCGGGCAAUCACAAACCAACCCUUCCAACAUUGUGAAACCCGAUUCUUGCGAGGCAAUUACUUUGAGAUGGGGCACAUCCUAUGAGGGACCCAAAGAGGGGGAUGGAGAGGAAAAGAAGGGAGAAGAAGAGGUUGCGAGUGAAGACAAGGAAGUUGAAGAAGACAAAGUUGUUGAGAAAGAGAAGAGUAUGGAGAAAAAGAAGUCUAAGGAUGUGGUGACAUCCUCAACUUCUAGUGAGGCUAGAAAUCUUGAUGGACCGGUUCCUUUUCCUGGUCGACUCGCGGAGAGAAAAUUGAAUGACAAAUUUGCAAAGUUUCUAAGUGCUAUGAAGAACUUGCACAUAAACCUCCCUUUGAUUGAAGUUGUCACACAAAUGCCUUCAUACUCCAAGUUCUUGAAAGACAUUCUCACUAACAAGAGGAAGCUUAAUGAUGAGCUUAUCACUAUUCCCCAUCAAGUAAGUGCACUUGUUAAACAUAAGAUGCCCAAGAAGCAAAAGGAUCCGGGAAGCUUCACCUUGCCGGUUAAGAUUGGGAACAUGGAAGCUAGGGGUGCCUUAGCUGACCUUGGAGCAAGUGUUAGCUUAAUUACUCUAUCCAUUGCUCAAAAGCUUAAUAUUAAGAUGAUCCCCACAAGGAAAACCAUUCAAUUGGCCGACAGUUCGGUGAAGCUACCUUAUGUUGAGCUUGAAGAUGUCCCUAUUCAAGUUGGGCACAUCUAUGUGCCUUGUGAUUUUAUAGUGAUGGAAAUGGAAGAGGAUGUGGAUACUCCCUUGAUUUUAGGCCAUGAAGCUCUUAAGACCUUGGGGGCGGUGAUCAAUCGCAAGAACAAUACCAUUACAUGUGAGGUAGCCGAUGAGAAAAUUGUCUUUGAAUUUUCUAAGCUACUCAAGAUCCCCAUGGUUGAGAAGUGCUAUAGGGUUGAUGUUGUGAAUGAAGAAUUGGAUCGUUUGGGAAGGGUUAUGAUGAGUCCUUAA